AUGGAGAAAACACAACCGUUCAACGACCUGAUAUGUCAGGUAGCAAGAGUAGGCGUGACGAAUGUACAGUGGUGUGGAGAAAAAAUGAAUGACUCCCAGCUGGAUACUCUAAUUUCGGCGAUGGAAUUGUCUCCUGUGCGGAUUGAGAAUAUAAAUCUUUCCAAAAAUGAAAUAACAUCCGCAGGGGCAUCGCUGCUGUGUACUUAUAUCAAGAAGAAUUCGAAUAUCAAAGAAGUGUAUCUUAACGAAAAUCUGAUAGAUGACGCUGGUGCAAGAGAAUUUAUUUCCAUAUUCAACAACCAGGUUCAUCCAACAAUAUUUGAUGUUAGCGGAAACCAGUGUUCGUCAGCCGUUGUAAACAACUUGGCACUGCUGGCCAAACAGGACCAGCAUUCCAAGGAAAUACAUCAAUCUUUGUUGGCCGGUGAAGCCGAGGAGCUGGAUAUAAGUGGUAUGAACAUCAACAAGAUUGACCCGCGUCUUCUCACUUUUUUCAUACUUGAUACCCAUGCAUUGAGGAGUCUGAUCGUCUCUGGAUGCGCUGCUGGGGAUGCUGGAGCCACACUGAUUGGUGAUUUACUGAAGAACAGUGCUGUAUCUCACGUUGACCUAAGUGACAAUGAUAUAUCAGAUGCAGGCGUCUCUCAGUUUAUUGAGCGCGCCGACCUUUUGCAUCACCCAACGAUAACUUCAAUAUCUUUCAGUAAAAAUAUCCGUAUCAGCAAUUACGGAAUGCAACAAAUGUCAAAAACGUUGUUUAACACCAAUGAUGUAAUUACCUCAUUUGAUGUCUCAGACACAUCCGUUACCUCCAGCGUUCGUUCCACCAUUGCACACGAGUGCGAACUCAACAAAGAGCCAUCUUGCCUGAAAAGAGCCGUUGCUGCAAUACGUACCAAUGAUCCAUCAUGUACAAGUGUUAACCUUCAGUGGGAAAGGCUUACGCAGACUGCGGCGCGCUUUGUGGCCCCAGUUUUGAAACUCAACACGAUUAUGUUGGAGCUUAACCUGGGUAACACUUCUGCGGGUGAUAAGGGGGCGGAACUUCUGGCUGCGGCAUUGCAACAAAACAAGACCCUUCGUAUUCUUGGCCUUGCGAACAACAACAUUACGUCCCGCGGUGCAAAGGUUCUUUUCCAGCGCCUCCACCAGCAAGGGGUACUGGAGGAAUUAAAUUUGGCGAAUAACAGGAUUGAUGACGAAGCAGAAACCUCCAUACUGAACACCUUGCAGCUGAAUCCUACAAUCAAAGUUCUUAAUCUCGUCAACAACCUCCUGUCGGGGGACUGCAUGAGCGAGAUUGAUGAAUUGAUUCUUCUUAACCAGGCACCAAAAACUGUUCAAACAAUUGUAAGUGACAUUGAAAACAGACCGGCUUCCGUAACUAAGGUGGCUCUUUCAGGGAAAACAGGUGAAGAGUACUGUAACGACACCUCAGUUAGGAUACUGUGCAAUGCUUUGGUACUGAAUAAGGUUGUAACCACUGUGGAUUUGUCGAAGAAUGUAGUUGGUGAUAUAGGGGUGACGUAUUUAUGCGAGAUGUUAAUGACGAACAGCACAAUCGUGGAGCUGAAUCUUGAGAGUAAUUCGAUCACCGACCGUGGUGCACAGCGUUUGGCCCACGCUCUUCGCACCAACGCUUCACUGCAACACCUUAACCUCUCAAACAACUCUAUAACCGAUGUUGGUGCUGGAGAUUUUGUUGAUACGUUGAGGUUUAACUACGCGUUGACAAGCAUUUUAUUUGAGAAGACAACCGUUACUUCGGAUCUGCGCACCAAAAUUGCUGAAGCUGCUGACAUGAACAAAGAACCAAGGGGGUUUAAGGACGUGAUGUACAUGCUGAGAGACGGAAGUAUUAAAACACCUAAACUUGAUUUGGCAAGAAAGAAUUGUCCCCGGCCCAUCACCGACGAAUCGGUUAAUACCCUGUGCGUGCAACUUCGUGGUAUAUCGGUUGUCAGGGAAUUAAUUUUGUCAGGUAACAGUGUUGGAACGGAGGGAUGUAAAAGCAUUGGCAAGCUUUUGGCUCAUGAAGGCUCUGGUAUUUGUCAUAUCGAUCUCUCUCUCAACCCAGUCGACGACGAAGGUCUCGGUGAACUCGCAAAGGGACUUUUGUCGAAGAACUGCGUGCUUCAAAUCCUCAAUCUUCGUGGUACUGAAGUAACGUCGACGGGGAUAAUCAAUUUGACAAAUACUGUAAAGGCGAAUGCAACGCUUCGGGAGGUGAUCGUCCCAGAGAGAGUGUCUGCCGAUGUAUUUUGCAGGAUGAACCAAGAACUAAUGGUUAACGCACAACCGAAAUCACUCAAACCCUUGUUAACGUCUAUCAACGAAAACGAAGUAAUACCGCUGCUGGUUUUCAAAGACCCGGUUUUACCUUUUACCGAUGCAGCCUGCCAUCUUCUCUGCGCGGCAAUCGUGAACAACGAACACAUUACCUCCGUCGACAUGUCUAACAAUAAAUUAACGAGUGAUAGCGUUCCUUUUAUUGCAGAAGCGUUAUCCAGCUGUCCCAAGAUAACGUCUGUUAACCUGUCGCACAAUGAGAUAGAUGAAACUGGUGGAUAUGAGCUUGUUAAGUGCCUCGCGGAAAACGAUUACGUAACUACCUUGUCUCUCGAGGGAAAUCCAAUACCUGAGGAAGUGAUUUUCAAAUUAAACGAGCUUCUGCACCUUAACAGAGGCUCAAUCGAUUUGAAAAAGAUCCUGCUGAAGCAUAGAAAGGGGAGACUUGCGGAUAAAACGAUCAAUUUGAAUUCUAAGGGGAAACAGUACAAACUAAACGAUGAGGAUGUCCGGUUAUUGUGCGAAGUGAUGGUCGAGUGCGGCUCCAUACGUGCUGUUGACCUUGGGAUGAAUAUGAUAACGGAUGUCGGGUGUGAGAUGAUUGCUGACGCACUUCUGCAGGCUCCUCGUAUUGAAGCAAUAUACUUGGACUAUAACCCAAUCGGUGAAAUUGGGGGGGAAGCACUGUACAAUGUGUUAAAGGUUAACCACCAGAUCCAUACGCUUUUGCUUGAGGGAACAAAUGUACCUGAGGAAAUUUGGGAGGAAAUAUUAAGUCUGCUGCGCGUUAAUGAGACAGCAAAUCACGAAAGAAUCGACAUGAGGGCUAUUCGUCUUGAAGAAGUAAAUGAUGAGACUCAGUUUCGCAGUACUGAUUACGCGAUAUCGCAAGAACAAAAAGUUGGGAUUGACGCUUUUAAGGCUUACGAAAGUUCGGUUCGGGCUCUUGUGAAAGAGUAG